UUCCGCAGCUAACUUCAGGUUUAACAAGUAUAUUAUAUACUUUUCCUUUGAAUUGGAAUAAAUUCUAAUUUAAAUUUUUAUUCCUCCCAAUAUUUUACCUACAAAACUUAAUUUAAAAAAAAAAUCAUAAUUAAACAAUUCUAUUUUACACUCAGAAUUGUCAAUAUCAAUUUGUUGAUCAUAAAUCUUCGAUUAUGUUCACCAAGAAAGUGAAGUCUUAUAAGAAUAUCUAAAGAAAAUGUCCAAAAGGAACAUUAGUUACAUUAAACCGCAAGAUCCAAGUUUUUUGCAAAAGUUAAAGGCUCAAAUUGGCUAUAAGGAAGGUCCGGACGUUAAUUCCAAGCGCCAAAAACUCGAAGAUCUUGAUAGAAAUUCAGAAGACGAAGGGGAUUACAAAGAAGGUGAGCGUGAGGGUGACUACGAAAGGGACGACGAGAAACCCCAAAUUGUUGUAAUAAAAUCGGGCGACCUAACAGCCGAAGAGGCAGAAGCAGAAAAGCGGAGGAUAGAGAAAGAGGAAGCCGAGAAACCAGCCGAUCUUAGUCAAAGGAUUGUUUUCAAAACUAAAGCUAAAAUAGUCGAUGAGACAUCAGUUAAAGUUAAAAAAGGUAAAAAGUUAAAGAAGACAGCGGCUAAAGAGGCAAAGAGUAAACUAUCUUUUGCCCAAGAAGACGAAGAGGAAGAAGAUUUUUGAAAAAUUGGAAACAAACGAUCAAAAUUCCAAAUAUUAAAAAAACGUCUACACAAAAAUAACACUCAAAAUGGGCGAAGUAGGUGAAGUUAUACCAGAAAAAUCAGAAGUUGAACAAUUACCUGCCACAAUAACAAC